AUGAAAGAACUCAAGCAGAACCGAGCGUGGAAAAUGGUUGAGGCCGCCACGGUGGGCGGUUAUGCAAUUCCAGCGAUUUGCCUAUACAACCUCGAAGGUGUCAUAGCCUCUGUGAAAGCUGCGGAGGCCAAGUCAUCCCCAGUGAUCCUGCAGUUCUUUCCCUGGGCUGUUGAGUACGCCGACGGGCUCCUCGUUCAUGCUGCGGCCGAGGCGGCUCGAAACGCAAAAGUACCAGUGGCUGUGCAUGUAAGUAAUCACGCUGAAAGGCAUUGCGAAGUCAAAUGCGAUACUGAUCUUUCAGAUGGAUCACUGUCAGGAUCCGGAAAUGGUCAAACGAGCGGCAGAUCUGGGUGGCUUCGACGGAAUAAUGGUUGACAUGUCCCACUUUGAGAAAGAGGAAAAUCUCCAAAAGACCAAGGAACUCACCGACUACUGCCAUGCUCGAGGAAUCAUCACCGAGGCAGAGCCGGGCCGCAUCAAUGGGGGAGAGGAUGGCGUUGCAGACACGACCGAUCUCGAAGAGGUUCUCACAACUCCGGAUCAGGCUGAGGAGUUUCUCGCCGCAGGUAUUGACUGGCUCGCACCCGCAUUUGGCAAUGUGCACGGCAACUAUGGACCCAAGGGCCCUCAGCUGGAUUAUCCGCGCCUCGAGAGUAUACGAGAGUCCACGAAAGGAAGGGUCCACCUUGUAUUGCACGGUGCUGGCGCGGCCUGGUUUGAUGAGAAGCGAUUUGCCGAGUGCAUGAAAUGCGGCAUCGCGAAAUGCAACGUGAAUGACGGAGUGAAUGGCCCAUAUAUCGAGGUCCUCCAGAGGAGAGCAGGUCGGACGGGUCUGACCUCGCUGGUAGAGGAGGCGACGGCAGCGAUGCAGAAGGCGGUGGAGCAGCACAUGGACUGGAUGCUUUCAAGUGGUCGAGCCGACAGUAUACAGUUGAACUGA